AUGGCAAGGAACCAAGAUGCCGCGGGCGAGGAGAGGAGGGUGGCCGCCGAGGAGAGGAAAGUGGCAUUGGAGGAGAGGAAGAUGGCCAUGGAGGAGCGAGCUAAGUUGUUGGAAUGGGAGAAGCACUUGUUCUUCUUGGACACAUCUUUGUUCAAUGAUGCACAAAAGGAGUAUGUCAACCUUGCCCGUGAGGAAGUCUUGAUCCAAAAAAGAGUCAUGAUUGGCGGCAUGGGUGGCGGUGGCCUUGGCGACAUGGGUGGCGGUGGCGGCAUGGGUGGUGGUGGCCUUGGCGGCAUGGGUGCCGGUGGCCUUGGCGGCAUGGGUUCCACGGGUGGCUUUGGAGCUACCAUGGGCGCAUGGGUUCCAUGGGUGGCUUUCGAGCUACCAUGGAGACCAUGA